AUGAGCUCCUUAAAGGACAAAGGUAACAGAGGGAGCGAGAGAGCUAAAGGGAAGACUUUGACUUUAAACCACAGAAUUGGUGGAAGUGUGUGCUACGUUGCUGCUGCUGCUGCUGCUGCUGCUACUGCCACCACUGUUCCGGUUCCCGCUCCCGCACCCGCUCCUGCUCUUGCUUUUGGUUGGUUUCAGAGCUCCCGGGUCCGGGAAGGUAGUGAGCCAACGCUGGGGAGCGCCUGCCGGCUGCAGCCGAGGUCGCUCAGGAUGGGCUCCGGGAGCAGGGCUCUGUCCAUGGUCCCAGCGGUUCUCCUAGCCCUGACUCUGCCCGGGCUGCCUGUGUGGGCGCAGAACGACACUGAGCCCAUAGUCCUGGAGGGCAAGUGUUUGGUGGUAUGCGACUCUAAUCCGGCUACAGACGCCAAGGGCUCUUCCUCUUCUCCCCUGGGGAUCUCAGUCCGGGCAGCCAACUCCAAGGUUGCCUUUUCUGCCGUGAGGAGCACCAACCACGAGCCAUCGGAGAUGAGCAACAAGACACGCAUUAUUUACUUCGAUCAGAUCCUAGUAAAUGUGGGCAAUUUUUUCACAUUGGAGUCUGUCUUUGUAGCACCAAGGAAAGGAAUUUACAGUUUCAGUUUUCAUGUAAUCAAAGUCUAUCAGAGCCAAACAAUCCAGGUUAAUUUGAUGCUAAAUGGAAAACCAGUCAUUUCUGCAUUCGCUGGAGACAAAGAUGUUACACGUGAAGCUGCUACUAAUGGAGUCCUACUUUACCUAGAUAAAGAAGAUAAGGUUUACCUGAAACUGGAGAAAGGUAAUCUUGUUGGAGGAUGGCAGUAUUCUACGUUUUCUGGCUUUCUGGUAUUCCCCCUAUAA